AUGCUUGAAUCCAACCUAGAAGAAGAAGAAACAUCCAAGAGCCGCAAACGAAAACCUUCAUACUUCGUACUGUUUUUACUUCAUGUUCUUGUUCUGGAAGAGCCUUUACACACAUCUCCAAACGCUGUCAGAUAUGCCAAAGGAAAUAGUCCUCUGACUGCAAGGUCUCUACAACUGGACAGGCCUAAGAGGACAAUAAAGUAUCCAUGUGCUGAUUUAGACCAUUUGCCCAUGUCAAGUCCUGAUGAUUCGGACCAAACCCCAGCCCUCCUGUCCAACAAACUCCGGCCAUGUCCCGAGCAGGAGCUUUGGGAUUGGGCUCCAAACCUGACGGAGACACACCCAUCCGCCCAACAAUCCAGGAAACGGGUCACAGUGAAAAGUGGAAAAGCUAAGAAGAUGUUCGGCUGGGGAGAUUUCCAGUGCAAAGUGAAGUCCACGAGCCUCAACCUGCUCAUCGCUGGCAAGAUCGUGGAUCACGGCAACGGAACGUUCAGCGUUUAUUUCCGAUACAACACCACCGGAGGUGGAAACGUCUCCGUAGGGCUGGUUCCUCCAAGCAAAUUGGUAGAAUUUGAUGCGAAGACUCAACAAACCGUUCUGCACUCGGUAGAGUCAAGGAUGUUUAACUGCAGGGUGGAACAUGAGAGGGUGGAGAGAGGUACUAAAAGCACACGCUGCUGGAACGACCCGUCUCAUAGCUGUGACCAGGAUCAGACUCACAGCCAUGUUUCUUGGCUCUGCUCAAAACCAUUCAAAGUCAUCUGUGUCUACAUAUACUUCUGUAGCUUGGACUACAAACUGGUGCAGAAAGUCUGUCCAGAUUAUAACUACCACAGCGAGUCUCCGUACUUACCUUUUGGAUGA